AGAGAAUUAAUCUACAUGUGGCCAACUGGCCAAAGCAAUCAAACACUAACAAGUCAUUACACCAUGAACUAACCAUCUAUAAACCAUAGAUUAUUUUUUUUCAAUAUUCAAGAAAUACCUAUGCCUUUAUCAACCAUUUUCUUGUUCUUCCUCUUCUUUUCUACUGUAGUUUCAGCCACUGAGAAGACAUCUGUUUAUGAUGAGGUUCAACACUAUGACUUCCCAAUUGGCAUUCUUCCUAAAGGGGUGAUAGGCUAUGAGUUGAACUCGAAAACCGGUGAGUUCUCGGUGUAUCUCAAUGGCUCAUGCAGGUUCAUGUUAGGUUCAUAUGAGCUAUAUUACGAGCCUGUGAUAAAUGGAAUUAUAUCCAAAGGAAGGCUUAGGAAAGUAAGUGGUGUUAGUGUUAAGGUUGUAUUGUUAUGGUGGCUUAACAUUGUUGAGGUCAGGAGGAGUGGUGACAAUCUCCAAUUCUCAGUUGGAUUUACUUCUGCAAAUUUUCCUAUUAGGAGCUUUGAGAAAUGCCCUCGUUGUGAAUGUGGAUUGAAUUGUGCUCACGAGUAUGACGGGGAGCUCAGGGAAAAGCUCCCCGUGUCUUCCUCGUAGAGUCCAGUAAUGGUGUAUGCAGAAUUUUAUGCAAGCAGUGUCGGUUUAUUGUUACAACUGUGAGUUUGGGGCUUAGGGGUUAGAACUUCACUUUCUAUUCAAAAAUUAAUGUCUACUUUAUACUAUUUUUCAAGCAAUGCUUACCUCAUAGAAAAUGUGCAUAUUGUAAUAUUUGUCACCAUAUUGGAUAAGUGUGCGCUAUACCUUCAUAAAGUAGGGGCAUAUACAUCACCCUCUUAUGACCCCACCUGUGAGACGAUUACACUAGAUAUUGUUGUCGAUUGGACAUGUAUUUGUUGUUUCUGAAAAAUGAAAUUAUUUGCACAUAUACAAACAUGUAUACACUCAUGUCUUCGACAUGAAAACACGAUGCCGUAACCACGGGACACGAAAGGGAUCAAAAAGUCAUUCUUUAUAUACCUCGGCCGAGAGAAUAGAUGUGAUUCAUUUUGUUUCUAUUCACAAUUCAAGAAUUGAUCUAUGUACGUGUUAGCAAUUUCUGAUGUGAAUUCAGCUCGUACUCCGUCAUUACAAGUUACCCCCACUAACCCAUUGAUACACCAACCACAACUCUUCUCUUUCUCUGACAUACCUCGCAAAAUUCGGUCUUCAUGUCUAGGUGUUCGUGAGCAGAACAAGACUCGAAAAACUCUUCAAGACCAAAAUAACAGUGUGUCAUCGUAGAAGAACUGUAGACACAUACCAGAGAUACUUUUGUCAGGCAAGGGACAUUCUUUAUACAGAUUGAACGUAUACUUCCCGUGAAAUCAAAGGAUCUCAUUAUGGGCCAUUAAUUUCAACUGUGUCUAAAAUUUCUGUAUUUUUUAGCACCAACUGCUCAAGCAACGGACAACCAGAUUUUAACCCUUCAAGCAAUUGAGAAGAAAUUGUGACUUCACAUAAUUCCAGGCUAAUUAACCUAUCAAAUUCGUUAAAGAAUGAUGAGGAUGUAGAAAGCAAAUCUUGAAGAGUUAGAUGCCUCAGUUUUGAAGAUGUGAAAAGUGAAAAAAAGUCAUUUUGUAUGGCUUAUCCCAGGGAAAAUGA